CUUUACUAAUUUAUCUUCAUACAUCAGUCUGGAAACCCUUCUUCUCAGUUCUCAUCUGAUUAAUAAACUUCUAAUUCAAGCCCCAACAAAGCUUUUUCUAAUUCCAUGGAAACCAUUGAAGAUGUUGUCAUUAUUGGUGCUGGUCUUUGUGGCCUUGCCACUGCACUAGGACUCCACAGGAAAGGAGUGAAGAGUGUAGUGUUGGAAUCAUCAGAAGCGUUGAGAGCUGCAGGAUUUGCCUUCUCAACAUGGACAAAUGCUUGGAAAGCUUUGGAAGCUCUUGGCAUCGCCGGCGAGCUCCGGCAGCAUCAUCUCCGGCUUGAAGGAUUGGGUAUAUAUUCUGCAUCUGCUGGAGCAAUUACUUUCCAAAUACCAUUCAAAACAAGUGAAGGGCCUGAAAUGCGGUGUGUGAGGAGAGAUUUGCUGUUAGAAACACUUGCAAAGGAGCUUCCAAGUGGUACAAUUCGUUACUCAUCAAAGGUUGUAUUAAUCGAGGAAUCCGGGAACUUGAAAGUCUUACAUUUAGCAAAUGGCUCGACAUUGAGGACUAAGGUACUGAUCGGCUGCGACGGAGUGAACUCGGUAGUAGCUGAAUGGUUAGGACUGAAGAAGCCAUCAUUUGCCGGCCGGUCAGCAACUAGAGGUUUUUCUGAGUUUCCUGAUGGCCAUGGGUUCAACUCUGAGUUUGUUCAAUUCUUUGGACAAGGUUUCCGGGCUGGCAUAAUGCCUUGCGAUGAGAAAAGCAUGUAUUGGUACUUCACUUGGUCUUCAUCAUCAAAAGACAAGGAAAUGGAGAAGGAUGUGACAAAGAUGAGGCAAUUUGUGAUAACCAAAAUGCAAGAAGCAAAUGUGUCGCAAAAUUUCAUACAAGUUAUCGAAAAGAGCGACAUGGGUGAUUUGGUAUCCUUCCCACUAAAAUUCCGGUGGCCAUCGGAGCUCCUUUGGAGGAACAUAUGUAAAGGAAAUGUUACCGUGGCCGGCGAUGCAUUGCAUCCGAUGACACCCGAUCUAGGCCAAGGAGGUUGUGCGGCAUUAGAGGACGCCGUCGUGCUUGCGAGAUGCUUGGCUGAAGCUUUGAAGGAAAAUGACAAUGAAGAUGCAAAAGAAGAUGAGUGUGUUAGACUUAAAUCAGGGUUGGAGAAUUAUGUUGCAGAAAGAAAAUGGAGGGGCUUUGAUCUUAUUUUCACUUCUUAUGUAUUUGGAAGGAUUCAACAAAGUGAUAAUGCAUUCACAAGAUUUCUGACAGAGAAGAUGUUGGUUGGAAUUAUGGCUAGGACUUUGAUUAAGAAGACAUAUUAUGAUUGUGGAAAGCUUUAAUUUAGAGAUAUGUUAGGGUUGGUUUUUCUAGGCUUGCUUUUUGUUGUAGUAGACAUACUUAAAUUGUUCUUAAGGAAAGAAUGUUGUUGCUCAUAUGUAAUAUAUUUGUUUGCAUGUC